GCGGUCCCGGGGCGGCCAUGGCGCGGGGCGGGCGGGCGCAGAGCCUGCGGGAUAAGCUGGACGGGAACGAGCUGGACCUGAGCCUGUGCGGGCUCAGCGAGGUGCCCGUGCGGGACCUGGCCGCUCUUCCAAAAGCCACGGUGUUGGAUUUGUCCUGUAACAACCUUGUUUCCUUGCCGUCGGAUUUCUGCAGUUUGUCGCACCUGGUGAAACUGGAUUUGAGCAAAAACCGUCUCCAACAGCUGCCCUUGGACUUUGGCCGCCUGGUCAACCUGCAGCACCUGGACCUCCUCAACAACCGUUUAGUCACCCUGCCAGUCAGCUUUGCACAGCUCAAGCUGUCUCUGCACCACAGCGCAGCAGGAAUCAUCUCGCAUCUCUUGAAAGCAUCUCUGCUCAAGCUCUCUGCUUCUCUCCCGUACCUGUUUCAUUCAUGUGACAACCGAAACCUGAAGUGGCUGGAUCUGAAGGACAAUCCCUUGGAUCCUGUCUUGGCUAAGGUAGCAGGAGACUGUCUGGAUGAGAAGCAGUGUAAACAGGCAGCUGUCAAGGUGCUGCAGCACAUGAGAGCCAUCCAGUCCGAGCAGGACCGACAGCGGCAGCGGAAGCUCCAAGCAGAGCGAGAAAUGGAGAAAAAACGCGAAGCAGAACAGCGAGCAAAGGAGGCUCAAGAGAGGGAACUGAGGAAGCGAGAGAAGGCAGAAGAAAAGGAGCGCAGGAGGCGGGAGUACGACGCUCAGAAAGCUGCAAAACAGGAGAUGGAGAAGAAAACUAAAAAAGAAACAGUGCAGACCCGAAAGCCCACCUCGAGCUCUCGUCCCGCUCAGCCGCCCCGGCACAAGCCCUCCUGGUCGCGGUCGGUGCUGCGGGUCCUGCUCCUGGCGCUGCUCUGCGUGCUCUGUACCGUGGCUGCCUGCAAGCUGACGGAGCUGCAGCGCCAGCCCCUCUGCGUCAGCGUCAACACGCUCUACGAGGACGUGGUGGCCGCUCUGCAGAACCACAAAACCCUGCAGAACAUGCUACACCAGAACUCGCAGUAGCGAUCGUCCUGGACGGGCACUUGCUUCGUCAGCAUCUCCCUCCACCAUCUAUGCAGCCAGAAUUCCUAUGGAAUUGUGUUCUGAGGAAACUGCUUUUAACCAGUCGGCAUCGGUUUGCUGCUCCACUCCC